ACGUAAGCUUUAUCAUCGUACGUGCAUUGCAGUGAACAACGAAUGAGUGUGCAUUUUUGGUCAAAUUUACUGUGUUAUGUCAUGGCUCUUGGCGUUCAUGAAGUGGUUGUGUUGACUCGAGGAUUAUAUUUACAGCUUGUAUACAAUUUCUUGUUUGACUUGGCCGGCCCUGCUGCUUCAGUUUUGUAAUCCACUGCGUGUUCUGGGCGUCUGUAAAGGGAACUCCCUAAUCGAUCCGUAGCCACGGAGUCAAGGCGAGAUUUCGAGCAGGGCCACGCCGCCGCCACUCGCCGGAGAUUGUUCCUUAGAGGCGGCCGUAUGAGUUUCACCUGGAGUAACGUGGCGAUGUGUGUGAAGCGGUUUCGCUUGGCCCUGGUCAUUGGGGUUGUUUUUGCCCUUCUUUUCGGUUUACUAUGCGGGACUCAUGGUGAAGAAGAAUCAAGAUGGGCAAAAGAUCUUGGGGAAGGUGUGCAAGCACAAUUGCAAAAGCUAAUACAACCUCUCCAGGAGAGAAUACUUAAAAUAGAAAAGCAGACUGUGAGGAAGUACCCAGAAGUCCGUUAUCUGCCUGAAAGUGAAAGAAAAAGAAUAUUGAUAACCGGAGGUGCUGGGUUUGUGGGCUCUCAUCUCACUGAUCGGCUGAUGCUGGAAGGUCAUGAAGUCACUGUGGUGGAUAAUUUCUUCACUGGCCGCAAACGAAACAUCGAGCAAUGGGUCGGACAUCCUAAUUUUGAGUUGAUCAAUCACGAUGUUGUCGAACCACUUCUCAUAGAAGUGGAUCAGAUAUAUCACUUGGCUUGUCCAGCCUCCCCACCCCACUACAUGUACAACCCUAUCAAGACCAUCAAGACAAGCUCUCUAGGAACACUCAACAUGCUGGGAUUGGCCAAGAGGACACGGGCAAGGCUCUUACAGGCAUCAACAUCAGAAGUAUAUGGAGAUCCCCAGCAGCAUCCCCAAACAGAGGAGUACUGGGGUCAUGUCAAUCCCAUUGGACCUCGGGCAUGCUAUGAUGAGGGCAAGAGGGUUGCAGAGACAAUGUGCUAUGCCUAUGCCAAACAGGAAAAUGUUGAGGUACGGGUGGCCAGAAUAUUCAACACGUUUGGACCUCGCAUGCACAUGAAUGAUGGCCGAGUUGUCAGCAACUUCAUCUUGCAGACUCUGCAGGCCCAGCCUAUCACCGUCUAUGGCCAUGGCAAGCAGUCUCGGUCAUUCCAAUACGUCAGUGAUUUAGUGGAUGGUCUGAUCAAACUGAUGAACUCCAACGUAUCCUCUCCUGUCAAUUUGGGUAACCCAGAUGAGCACACUAUCAUGGAAUUUGCCCAGAUUAUCAGGAAUAAAAUAGGAGGCAACAACAUCAUAAAGAAUGUGGCUGCUGCUGAGGAUGAUCCACAACGCCGUAAGCCGGAUAUUUCCAAAGCAAAGAAAGUGCUAGGCUGGGAACCUGUGGUGCCCCUUGACGAGGGCCUACAAUUGACUAUUGACUACUUCCGCAAUGAGCUGGAGCAUGCCAACAAGAUGAAGGAGGUGCCCAAGAACCCUGUGGAGUAAUACUCUGUAGAAUAUCUCCAAGUCUGCAGAAUUUGUAUGCAGUUACACUUUCAAAUUCGUAGUGGGUUUGGUUUAUUUCCAUACGUCACAAUAAAUAAUGGAACAGUUAUUUAUAUAAUGCACACUAGGGGGUGAUAAAUGGUGGAUACCAGGCAAAAGCAAAUGCUUGUACGUGGCCUGUUUCCUUAUUUUGGCACAUAAAUACACGUACAAAUAUAAUUACAAAAUACAAAAGAGAAAAAAAUUACAAAAAGUAACUAGCUGAAGGUACAAAUGAAUUCUAGAAUUAAUAAGAAAUUAACAUAGAACAAAAUUUUGCUUAUAAAAAGUAAGGUAACCAGUGUGCCGUGUGUGCUUCACAUGGCUUGUGACAAGUGCCCGGCAUAUUGGUCUUAUUUGGAACAUGUCACACACUGUUUUCUGCGUAGCAGCUCCACGUCUCUUUCUAUGCUCAUUCACUGGGGUCGUAAAUCCGCAAGUAACUGGCUCACAAUAUGGAUAUUAUGCAUCAGAUGAUUUUUUGCUUAGAAUGUUUUAUUCUUUAAAUGAAUUUACCUAUGAAACUUUUGAGUUCCUGCUGAUAUACACAUGUAUUUUUGGUUAAAACUUAUAUAGAUUUUACCCAUUAGUAUACAUGAUUCAGUAUUCAGGUUAUGUACAUCCAGUGCAUGUUGGAGAAUUUGGAGACAUUAUUUAUUCUUGGUGAUGUGUUGGCUGGUGCCAUAAUGUGUCGUGAUUUAAAUUUGUAAAUCACUUCAAUGAUUUGUAGAAGACCAGUAGAGAAUGAUUUAAUCUCAAAUUUUAUACAUAAAUUUAUAUGAUAAAUGGCAUACAAACUUUAUGUGGAUUUGUACAAUUUUUACAAUUUUCUAGAUUUUGAAUUAUGCUGAGUAGAUGUUUGGUUAAAUAUUUAGCCUACUUUAUGCAUGUAUGUGGAAUUAGGUCAUUGUAAAUGGAACUCAAUCACACUCGUGUUUGUUUCUAACAAGACUUCAACUUGUUGAACUAUUUUUUUUGUUUAAAGCCCAUCACAUUUGUUCAAAAUUGUGAUCCUGUUGGUUGCAUUUUUUCAUGUGUUUAUUUUAACUCUCUUUAUAGUUUUGAUUAUUUUAUUGCUGUUAAAGACAUGAGUGGGCAAACGUCGUAAUUGUUUCCAAGAAACAAUAAUUUAGUAGGUGUAAAGAUUAGAUACACCUUUCUUUUGUAUAUAUCUGCACUUGUUGCUUUAUAAAAAUUCAGUUCACAACUGAAAUUACAUUGUUGCGAUUUAUAAUCAUUUUUUUUGUAGUGGGUCUGUGGCUGUACAUCUAAAAAAAAAAAAAGUAGUGUGUGCAAAAUUACUAAAUUACUAACCAGAAAACGUGAAUGAAACGACUUUUUGGGACCACUUUCUCAUGGGGCUUAUUUUCUUGUUGAAUUACCUGAUCUCUCCUGAAAGAUUGUUUUCUUAAUAAUUGGCUGUUACUUUAACGAAUUCUGUAAAUUUAAGUUUCGGACAGUAACCUAACUUAUAGUAGCGGAUUGUUUCUUCUUUUUUGUUCACUAGGCAUCUUAAAAAUAGGCUCAUUCCUUUUGUUUCUGACACUUUGUAGAAUCUACCAUUUUACAUUGCAUUUUCAUUUCCAUAGUAUGAUUACUAGGUACUAUUUGCAGACAAAAAUGAUGCGAUGUAGUCUGCACAAUAUAAUUUCUUAUUAUCAGAGGAUCUGUAACUGUUUACCGAUGGAAGAAAAAUAGAAAGAAAAUAAAACGAUUCUGUUUGGCGAAUGA